CCCAUAGGUUAAUGAAUCUUUUUCAGUGUUUCCACUCUGCCAUUGUUUAUGCGUGUUUCACCUGGCUUAUGGGCCAUUUUAAGUGUUUACGCGCUGACAGUUUCUGUUAUGGUCUCACCUGGUUUUGUAACCAUUUUCAGUGUUUCCAUUCAGACAUUGUGGUUUUCACCUAGUCUUGGUACCAAUUUAGUGUUUCCACAUAUUCUUUUUUGUGUCAUAUGGUUUUCCCGUGACCUGUUGGCAAUAUCUCGAUAUUGCUUUGUAAUACUGUUACUGUUCGCGCUUUGACCUUUUUCAGUAUGCCGAAACGACGGCCAAAUGAGGUGACCUCGGGAAAAGGGAAGGCCUCCAAACCUCAACAGCCGGGUCAGAACCGCCUUGCCACCUUGGUUGCUGCGGCCCUUUCAAACGAUGAGGACAUCCUGGAGGAAAUCUCUUCGCUUCUCCUGGCUAAACUGUCCAAGCAAGAUGGUCGAGAAGGCCCUAAGACUCGCGCCUCACUUGGACCCAAUCCCACUUCCCAUACUCCAUCAUGUGUCACCUCUGAGCUUGCUUCAUUGAAGGAACAGUUAUUGGAGGCAUCAUUAGCACCUUCGACCCGUGCAGUGUACUCCAAAUCAUGGACCAAAUUCAAAGAUUUCCAUGCAAACUUCGCUUCGCAUCAACCUGUUCUGCCAUUGUCUGUUGACUUGAUCACUUCCUUUGUGGCCCAUCUUUUCAAACAAGGUCUCUCACCUUCCACUAUCAACAGUAACCUUUCGGUCAUUUCCUAUUUUCAUUCCCAUUCGGGAUUUCCUGACCCAUGUGCUAAUACCCAAGUCCGUCGCAUGACGUUGGGUUGUCGUAAACUCAAGCAACACGUCGACACCCGUCUUCCUCUACACACCCACAUCACACUGUUAAUUCAAGGCGUUGCUUCUUUGUACCAAUCUUCACCUUACCUGCAAAAGCUUUACUGUGCCAUUAUACUUCUAGCUUUCUUUGUUUUUUUUCUCAUUGGUGAAUUGUUACCACUUUCACCACAUUUAUCCUCAGCUGUUGUUCAACGCCAACAUGUUACAGUCUCCCCAACAUUCUUGCGCUUACAUUUACAUAAUUACAAAACUCAGAAGACUGACAAACCUCUAACCAUCCUGAUCAAAUCCCAAUCCCCAUUAUGCCCUGUUAAAGCCCUGCAGGCUUACUUCCUAGUCAGGGGGACAAAGAUGGCCCAUUAUUCGUGUCUUCCAUUUCAUCACCAAUUUCAGUUGCGAAGUUUCGGUCCGUUUUCAAUGAACUUCUUGUUUACGCUAACCUUUCCAAAGUACUUAUAAACUCCACAGUUUUCGGAUAGGUGCUUGUAUCCAAGCUGCUCUCCUUGGGGUCCCUGACAAUGAAAUAAUGCGCAUGGGGCGCUGGCGGUCAAAUGCUUUCCGCCGCUACAUCCGUCUUCCCAACAUCAGUUCUUAAUACUCGUACCUCUGACUUGCCUCACAUAUUAGCAGCCUCUGAAGACAUUGGGGUGUGGUUUCCCUCUGGGUUCUUUCCUCUUCUAGGUUCAUUUUCAUUUGUUCUCAUGCCAUCUACAUAUCUCCCCUACUUGUGAAUGGAGACUAACCUUUCUUGUAUAUACAUUUCAUUUUAUAGUUUUGUUUACCUAUGUUACAAAUGUCCGUUUUUGCUGUUAGGGCAUAUGCUUUGUAUAUAUCUUGUACCUUGUUAUCUUAUUCUAGUCUUAUCGUAUCCCUUGGUUAAAUAACUGUGCUCAUGUUACAAGCUGGCCAUUGGGGUGUGGCCACUGUAGCAUGAAUUAACUACUGUGUUUUUGUUUUUGUACAUUUUGUGACACGCUCUAGUCUUAUUAUAUCCAUAUGUCUACUAUUAGUUGAAGUUACAAUUUGGCCAUAGGGGUGUGGCCAUUUUUCAACUGCAUUAUAACUAUUGUUGUUGUUUUCUUUUUACCUCUGUUAUUUUGAAUUCCAAGUGCCUUUUUAUUCCAUUGGUAUUAUCAUUGUCCUUGACAAUGCGGCCAUUGGGGUUUGGCCAACCAACAAUGCAUAAUAUUUUAUUUAGCUUUCCUUACGUAUUGUUCAUAUUGUUUUGCUAAAUUUUUGCCAUAUUUUGCUUCACUGUUCACCUUUUUUGAAACUAUUUUUAUGUAGUCUCUAACAUCCUGGCCAUUGGGGUGUUGCCACGUUUGCUUCCAUAUUAUUCAUUCAGCCUUUUGUACGUAGUUGGUAUCACAUCUCUUUUCGGUACUUGCACAGCCUCGCUUCCUUGGUUGGACGUGUUUGUGGGCGAUUGCCGUCCAACUUUGUGAUCGCUUUUUAAACUCUACAAACCUUUUUCCUAAUUUAAAACUUCAAAAAUAAAUCCGUCUGGCAAAAUCUAUAUCUGCCAGACAUUUCCAACCAUUUCGGAGUUACUCUUCCUUUUCCCUUUUGCCACAAAUGAACUGCGGAAACUUGGCUGUGCAAAUAUAAAAUCAUACUUUAUAAGCCAUUUAUAAAGUGGUUGAUAUUUGUGAGACAUACUAUUAUUAUAAUUUUCUUCAUUGUAUGUUGGCCUUGGAAGUUGGAGAUAUCGCAACAUAAAUAAGUUUAGUGUAACCGCACAUUAUUUAGUGCAACAUAACCUCUGUCAUAAAUUAGCCUCGUUUUGGACGCGCAGCAGUGAAAAAUUUUCAGAGAAGAUUUACAAAUUUAUUUUAUUAACCGCGAACCACCCCUCCACCCUUCAUGCUGUUUUAUCAAGUUUGCUUAUAUGUUGCAUAUAAAUAUUACUUACUAAACAUUGGUUCGUUUUCCGAUUCAUUAACCCAAAACCUAACAUUCAUUCCACUCGCACCUCACUUACUGACCGAAUAUUUUUCCCCCCAGAGCCCUUGCAUCUGCAAGACAUUCAAAACCCAAAACAGGCUCACUGAAUCUUGCAUAUCCAGGUCAAAUUAUUAAAGCAAUGAGUCUGAUUAUUUACUGCUACCAUUCUUACAAUGAAUGAUACAUGUUAGCUUCCUACAACGCUUAUGCACUCAAUAAACAUACU